GUCAGAGAAUGUGGGCGGGUCUUGGCAAUAGUUUCCGGAGCCCUAUAUUUGAGCGUGUUGACUGACCGAGAAUGUCUGUACAACCAGUACAAGGAGCCCCACAAGGCUCUGUCACUCCCAUACCAAUAUAUACACUACAAAAUUCUACAUCCACUCAACCGCAGCAGACAUCAGUGCAGUACUAUAAUCCACCCAAUGUGCCUCCUCCACCAUUCUCUAAUCUCCCCAAUUCAAGCUAUGUGCCCCCUAGACCGGACUACAUGUCUUAUCCACCUCCUUUUACGCCCCCAACACAAAAUUCCGUGAACCAAUAUCCACCAAGACCUCCUUACCCAGUAAGGCAUGGUUAUCCUGUGCCACCUUGUUUCCCUCCUCCCCCUAUACCUGCCCCAGGUACACCUAUAACUACAGCACCACCUACUGUACAAGGCACUUACCCUUAUGGGAUGCCUCCAAUAAUGCCACCACCACCCAUUAUGCCUCCACCUGUUUCUCAUGUUGGAUAUCAAGCAACGUAUCCAGGAUAUCCUCCCCAACCAUUUCCUCCACCUGUGCCUCCACCACCUCAACCAACUCCUGCAGCUUCUAACUUUACCGGCUACCAGACAAGUUUGUCGUCUUAUCAAUCACCCAGCCACUAUGGGCAAACUAACCACAGCCAUUACAUGACAGACAAGCCACAAAGCGGUCAUAGAACACCAGAUAGAGGUAAACACUAUGAAGAUCACCGUCACAGAGAUUACAGUCAUAAUGAGAGGCACCGUUCUGAAAAGCAUGGGGAUAGAAGAGACAGAGGAAGAAGCCCAGAACGCAUAAGAAGGCAAGAUAGCAGUCGCCACCGAUCAGAUUAUGAGUAUAGCAAGUCUCCAUCUCACAACAGGACCCCUCCACGGCACUCAAGCUAUGAUCGAAACCGGGAAAGACACAGGCAUCGGGAAAGUCGGAGGUCACCUUCUCCCGAAAGAAGCUACAGAAAGAGACCAAAAAGCCCAUCAACUGGCAGGGGUCAUAAGAGAACAAGGUGGGGUGAGGAGGACAGAGAAUGUGCCCCUGAGAGCCCAUCUUCAGCAAAAGAAAAGGGAUAUACUGCUAUAAAAGACAAAGAGUUUAUGGAUGAAAGCCCAUUGGACAGAAAUGAAGAGGAAGAUGAAGAAUUGCUUAAGCCUGUUUGGGUUCGUUGCACCCAUUCUGAAAGUUACUACUCCAGUGACCCAAUGGACCAAGUGGGUGACUCCACAGUGGUUGGCACUAGCAAACUACGUGAUUUAUACGACAAGUUUGAAGAGGAACUUGGAAAGCGUCAGACAGUUGCUAAAGCAGCCAGGCCACCUUGGGAGCCGCCAAAGACCAAAUUAGAUGAACAUUUUGAGAGCUCUGAUGAGUCUGACUGUGAAACAGAUGAUAGCUGUUCUAGUAGUUCAGACUCGGAGGUGAUUGAUGUGAUUGCAGAAAUAAAGAGAAAAAAAGCUCACCCAGAUCGUCUCCAUGAAGAACUUUGGUACAAUGACCCUGGGCAGAUGAAUGAUGGACCACUGUGUAAGUGCAGUGUGAAAGCCAAGAGGACGGGAAUCAGACACAGCAUGUACCCAGGAGAGGAGCAUUUCAAACCAUGCCGUCCUAUGACCAACAACGCAGGACGUCUUUACCACUACAGAAUAACUGUAUCUCCACCAACAAAUUUUCUAACAGACAGACCUACUGUCAUAGAGUAUGAUGAUCAUGAAUACAUCUUUGAAGGAUUUUCUCUGUUUUCUCAUGCUCCGUUAUCAAAUGGAAAUGGAAAGAGUCAUGGUGCAAAGGAGAAUAGACUUCAUGCAGACACAGCUAUUCCCUUGUGUAAAGUAAUCCGGUUUAACAUUGACUACACAAUUCAUUUCAUUGAAGAAAUGAUGCCUGAGCAUUUUUGUGUGAAGGGACUGGAACUGUUUUCUUCCUAUCUGUUCAGGGACAUAUUAGAGCUUCAUGACUGGAAUCUUAUUGGUCCUGCUCUAGAAGACAACAGUUCCACUUGUGCUCAGUUUCAUUUUAUGCCACGGUUUGUAAGGUUUCUACCAGAUGGUGGUAAAGAGGUCCUCUCCAUGCAUCAAGUUUUGCUGUAUUUGCUGCGGUCCAACAAGCCUUUGGUUCCUGAAGAGGAGAUAGCCAACAUGCUUCAACUCGAGGAGUUAGAGUGGCAGAAGUAUGCAGAGGAAUGCAAGGGAAUGAUUGUUACCAACUCAGGAAUGAAACCCAGUUCAGUUCGAAUUGAUCAACUGGAUCGAGAACAGUUCAACCCAGAAGUCAUCACUUUUCCCAUCAUUGUUCACUUUGGAAUAAGGCCAGCUCAACUCAGUUAUGCUGGAGAUCCACAGUACCAGAAGUUAUGGAAAAGCUAUGUGAAACUUCGCCAUCUACUAGCUAACAGCCCCAAAGUGAAACAAGCUGAUAAGCAGAAACUAGUCCAGAGGGAGGAAGCUCUUCAGAAGAUCAGACAGAAAAAUACGAUGAGGCGGGAAGUGACUGUUGAGUUAAGCAGCCAGGGCUUCUGGAAAACUGGCAUUCGCUCCGAUGUUUGCCAGCACGCAAUGAUGCUCCCGGUGCUGACCCAUCACAUCCGCUACCACAAGUGCCUGAUGCAUUUAGACAAAUUAAUUGGCUACAUGUUUAAAGAACGUGGCUUGCUACAGUUGGCAAUGACUCAUCCAAGCCACCACUUAAAUUUUGGGAUGAACCCUGACCAUGCUCGCAAUUCCCUUUCCAACUGUGGGAUAAGGCAGCCAAAAUAUGGAGAUCGGAAGGUUCACCAUAUGUACAUGCGGAAAAAGGGAAUAAAUACACUGAUAAACAUUAUGUCUCGUCUGGGGCAAGAUGAUCCAACCCCUUCAAGAAUAAACCACAACGAGCGUCUGGAGUUUUUAGGAGAUGCUGUUGUUGAAUUUUUAACAAGCGUUCAUUUAUACUACCUGUUUCCUACGUUAGAAGAAGGAGGAUUAGCAACAUAUCGGACAGCUAUUGUCCAGAAUCAGCAUCUUGCUCUGUUGGCAAAGAAGCUGGAAUUGGAUCGUUACAUGUUGUACGCACAUGGCCCAGACCUCUGUAGAGAAUCUGAUUUGCGGCAUGCCAUGGCAAACUGCUUCGAAGCACUCAUGGGUGCCGUUUAUUUAGAAGGUGGCCUUGCUGAGGCAAAACAGCUAUUCGGGAGACUGCUCUUCAAUAAUCAGGACCUCCGGGACGUGUGGCUUAAUUAUCCUCUACACCCACUUCAACUCCAGGAACCUCACUCCGACAGGCAGCUGAUUGAGACUUCCCCUGUCCUGAAGAAAUUGACCAAGUUUGAAGAUGCCAUUGGGGUUACUUUUGCACACAUUCGACUUCUAGCUCGGGCGUUUACUCUUAGAACUGUCGGAUUUAACCAUCUGACCUUAGGCCACAAUCAGAGAAUGGAAUUCCUGGGUGACUCCAUAAUGCAGCUGGUAGCCACCGAAUAUUUAUUCAUACAUUUCCCCGAUCAUCACGAGGGCCACUUAACGCUGCUGCGUAGUUCGCUUGUGAACAACAGAACACAAGCUAAAGUAGCAGAAGAGCUUGGGAUGCAAGAGUUUGCCAUUACUAAUGACAAAACAAAAAGGAACGUUGGCUUUCGAACGAAGACGUUGGCUGACUUGUUGGAGUCUUUUAUUGCUGCACUUUAUAUUGAUAAGGACUUGGAAUACGUCCACACGUUUAUGAAUGUUUGCUUCUUUCCACGACUGAAGGAGUUUAUUUUAAAUCAAGACUGGAAUGAUCCAAAGUCCCAGCUCCAGCAGUGCUGCCUUACUCUUAGAACAGAAGGGAAAGAGCCAGAUAUACCUCUGUACAAAACACUUCAGACUGUUGGACCUUCCCAUGCCAGAACUUAUACCGUUGCUGUAUAUUUCAAAGGUGAACGUAUUGGCUGCGGUAAAGGACCAAGCAUUCAGCAGGCUGAGAUGGGGGCUGCUGUGGACGCACUGGAUAAAUAUAACUUCCCCCAGAUGGCUCAUCAGAAGCGUUUUAUUGAACGGAAGUACAGACAGGAAUUGAGAGAAAUGAGAAUGGAGAAGGAGCAACAGGAACAAGGCGAAGAUAUGAAAAAAUAAAGCAUGGCAUUCUAACAAUAUCUGUUAUGGGGGACACUGGCAAUACAUACAACUUUAGAGAUAUGUCCCACUGUGUAAAGGUAUAUUGAAGCCAAAAUUGUGUAUACAUAUAUAUGUACACUUUCUUUUUACUGUCGGGUUGUUUCGUU